AGUGUCGACGCCGCCGCCAUUUUGCCGGGCUUCUUCUGAGGGGAGUGUUGAGAGCGGAGGCCGGAGCCAAAGGGAAGGCGGAGAGAAAGGGGAGAAGUUCGGACUAAGGGAGGAAACGGAGACCGCCACCAUCUUUGCAUUCGGGGCACCGGAGCGGGGAGGAGGAGGCCGGGCCAAGCCUGAGCGGAGCCUCCCGCCGCCGCCGCUCCCCGCAGAGCCUCAGCAGGCCGAGCCGAGCCAGGCCCGAGCGCGACGAUUCUGGGGACCUGAGAUGGCCGCGCAGUCAGCGCCGAAGGUCGUGCUUAAGAGCACCACCAAGAUGUCCCUCAACGAGCGCUUUACUAAUAUGCUGAAGAACAAGCAGCCGAUCCCCGUGAACAUUCGCGCCACCAUGCAGCAGCAGCAGCUAGCCAGCGCCCGAAACAGGAGGCUGGCCCAGCAGAUGGAGAACAGACCUUCUGUCCAGGCUGCCUUGAAGCUCAAGCAGAAGAGCCUGAAACAGCGCCUGGGGAAGAGCAACAUCCAGGCGCGCUUGGGACGGCCGGCGGGGCCCCUGAUGCGCGGUGCCUUGGGGGGCCGGGGGUUGCCCAUGGGCCAGCGCGGCUUACCCCGAGGAGCCUUGCGUGGCGGUGGGCGCGGAGCCAGAGCCUUGCUGCGAGGAGGGAUCCCCCUGAGAGGUCAGAACUUGCUCCGCGGCGGCCGGGGCCUGGCCCCUCGGAUGGGCCUGAGAAGGGGGGGCCUGAGGGGCCGCGGCGGACUGGGCAGAGGAGGCCUGAGCCGAGGAGCCAUGGGCCGGGGAGGAAUCGGCGGAAGAGGGCGAGGGCUGGCCGGGCGCGGGAGAGGCGGCUUUGGGGGCCGGGGACGAGGCCGAGGGCGCGGAAGAGGGGCAGCCCGCCCGGCGCUGACCAAGGAGCAGCUGGACAACCAGCUGGACGCCUACAUGUCCAAGACCAAGGGGCACCUGGACGCCGAGCUGGACGCUUACAUGGCCCAGACAGACCCCGAAGCCAACGACUGACACUCCCGUCCCUUCGACACUUGACCGCGGCGCUCUGUGUGCGAGUCCUACGCACGCGGAGGCCCACCUUUUCCCCUCCCGUAAGACCCGCAGACUCGGCCGGAGGGGAGAGGAGGGCUCACAACUUUCAUGUGUUCUUUUGGCAUUUUGAUACUCUUUGUGUUGUAUGAAACCGGGCGUGUAUGUGUGCGUGCGUGUUUUUAUAUGUAUACAUUUCUUAAAGGACUCCGGAAAUGAAUUUGACAGGCAGACACACCCCUUGACGGAUGGCGUCCGUCUUUAUUUGCAGAGCGGGCGGGCGGGUUGAAACCCCUUCUCUUCUCAAAGGGAUAACGCAGCAUGCAUUUCCCCAAAAUUCGGCUAUCUUUAUCGGUGCUGAUCAUGAGCUGUGGAAAGCAGCAAUUCGGUUUCAAAGUCACGUUGGCGCUGGAUCCCGGCUCCGUUUUGAUGGUUUGGCAGGGGCUUUAUUGUGUUGAUUUUGCGUUUGACGAUUAUUUGGUCUUGACGCCACGGCUGAAAACGGUGGCGAUUUGUUUUCUUUUCUUUGGAAAGCCUGGCCCUCAGACCCAGCUUUUUUUUGUGUUUUGACAUUCAUGCUUUUAUCACCGGUUGAUUUUAUUCCCGUGUUCCCAACUCCCCGGAGGAUUGGUCUCCGCCGACUGGAAGGGUUGUGAGCUCGGUUGUUUGCGUUCCCGUUCCGAAAAAUGGCAUCUUGUACGUUCUGUUUUGCUGUAAAGAAACAAAUGCAGGGAAAAAGAGAAACUUG